AUGGUUGCGCCAGCCGUCCCGGAGUUGACUGAAGAGAUUCUGCAUGAGUCUAUCGAUUCCCGGACAGAGGUGCUUGCCACCCUUCGAGAAUUAGGACCACCAGAUCUCGUUCAAUUAAUCAAGCAAAUUCCGAGGAAUCCCUUGAAACAAGUUGGAGUUUACCAUCAUGUCACAGGAGUAGAUGCUUCAUCCUCCGCCAGCCUAGCUGCUUACAUUAAUACUCUCACUUAUAAAGAAACCAAUCAGUCAACCCAAAAGAUUGCUGAAGGUGUUUAUUGUUGUUACAAUGCCUUUUCUAGGCUGGACAUGCGCGUACACGUAACGAUACCUGGUAGUGUAGAUAGCUACUGCGUUGACGAGAGGGGAGAGAAAAGAACUACUUCCGAUGAGUUAUGGCUAGAGACAUACUUAUGUAGUGUAUUACGAGCAUAUUCUUAUGCGGACGACGGUAGCGGAGAUACUAUCCGAAAAAUAAUAGGCGUCCGCAGAUUUAAUCCAAUAACAACAACUGAAAAUGAACACAAGUUUCUUCAGGCAGCGGAGCAGUUGUUUUUCAGAGGUUGGCAAUUGGGGUCUUCGUCUGUAGUUCAGGUACCGAACAAUGUCUCAAAUCAUCUCACAUCUGGGCUUCUCAAAUAUUUUCAAACGACUGGCCGAUUUACCUCUGGUAUCAACCUUUUCGAAAAACUGAGAACAAAAAACGUCGAGGUUUCAUCUCUCCUAGCUAAAGUAUAUUUGAUGGGAAAUGAAGAAGUAAAGGCGGUCCGAGUUCUACACAACUCAGUAAAACAGUCCCCUAUGGACUAUGUUAUGUUAGAUACACAAGCCGAAUUUCUGGUGAAAAAAGCAUUAAAUCCCAAGGCACAACAGUUCAAGCAAGAAAGACUUCAAAUAGCUCUAGGAUGUGCCGACAGAAGUACAGUUGCGGCGCCAAGCGAAUUUGGUACAUGGGCUAGACUGGCAGAGGUUUAUGUCGCAAUGGAGGAUUGGGAGAAUGCCCUUACGACGUUAAAUUCAUGUCCAAUGUUUACCUAUCAGGAUAAAGAUGCGCCCCUGAUGCCUGAGCCGAAAGACAUUUAUCUUCCUAUGCUAUCCGAGACUCGUCUUGAAGAAAUUGAUAGCGAAGCAGAGCCAAAAUAUAGCGAGCAGGUCCAUCCAAGCUUACUAAGCUUAAGGGCAGUUCAAUAUAAGGGCACAUUCAAACACGCCUACAGUAUUUUGACAGAAAUGACGGCCAAGAUUGGAUGGGAUCAACUUCUUAAAAUAAGGAGUAAUGUCUUCGUGAUGGAAGAGGAAUAUCGUAGUGAAAAGAACCCUCCGGGGCAUCAAACUGGGCCAACACAACGAAACACCAGCACAGACGUUAUCAGAGGGAGUCCUAAUCUUCGCGAGAAUGGGGACCAAAUAAUCACAAAAACUGAUCACGUAGAACCUCUUUCACCAAAAUCCACCACCUCUGCGGAGAAAGUCUCACAACAGCCGGAUGUCGAUGAAUCAGUAGAAAGACCAACUCAUACUAUUACCCCAGAAGAGGUGCAGAAUGAAAACGAAACUGUAGUUGAGCAGACAGAAGAACAACUUUCUCGCUUCAAUAAUAAGCGCCUCUGUGAGCGAUGGCUUGAUAGCCUUUUCAUGGUCCUCUACGAAGAUCUUCGGAUCUACACUAUCUGGCGAACUGAAAUGGCUCAGUAUCGUGCGCAACAAAUGCAUUAUAAAAAAUCAGCAGAAGAAUGGGAAAUCUUGGGCUCUCUUGCUGAGCGCCUCCAACAUAAAAGCGAAGCCAUUGAAGCUUACCGUGCGUGUCUCUCGAUACGUUUUUCACCUAAAGCUCUAAAGGGAAUUUUAUCUGACUUUGAGGUGGAAAAAAAUCCCCGUGAUACGGUUGCCAGUGUAAUUCGCCUUAUCACUUGGCAGUACAGAUGGUAUUCAGAGUUCAGUCCAGAGCUCCUCUACAUUAUUCGGACCUUAAUCGAAGAUGAGGGUGCAUUAAAGAUCCGAAGUAUUAUUCAAGCCACAAGCCUUUCACAGAACGUCCUUGAUUUGACGCAUCAUUAUGCAGCUUUAUGUGCGGCCUUCCGAAGUUCUGGGACUGAUGGAUAA